CGCUCGACUCGAAAACGGACCCCUUCGAGGCCAGUCCUUCCUCCGCCGCCCAGAUCUCAACCUCACCGUGCUGAGGUGGUGUCGAUUUACCCCUCCUGGCUCCAAUCGGAAGACGACUGCAAACCCCAGCCAUUCCUGAGAUUCGCGUCCCCCUCCCCCUCCCCGCGCCUCGUUGACCCCGAGAUCCAGUCCACCACCGACCAUGGCCGCGGAACAUACCGUCACGCAAGCUCUGUUGGAAUGGAUCAACAGUUUCGCUCUGGGAAAGACUAUCCGGACGACGGAGGAGCUGUCGGAUGGAACUAUCAUCUGGGAAAUCCUACAGGACAUUGAUCCGCAAUAUUUCCUGGAUGAGAUCCCUCAGCGCGCCCCGUCCGACCACUGGCUAUCCAAAUGGCAGAACCUGAAACAUAUACACAAAUUGCUCGUCAAUUACAUCCGUCAACAGCCCGAUGGCAUGCCGUCCGGUCUCGAUCCAAAUCCAAAUCUAGAACUGGUCGCCGAGAAAAACUCCGUCAAAGAGGCCAAUAAACUCCUUAAGCUACUUCUGAUCGCCGCCAUCCGGUCGCCCAACGCGCAGACCUAUGUGGAGACCCUCCAAAGCCUAAGUACGCCAACGCAAGAGGCUCUCAAGAACAUCUUCGAGGAGGCUCAGAAUGGACAGCACGAAGCCAUUGAUGGCGAGGACGACGUCAAAGAGGAGCGGGAACUGCCCGUCGACCCCGAACUGCAGUUCGAGGAACGGGUAGGGAAGAUGCUGGCGGAAAACAAUCGGAUGGCGCGUGAGAAGAAGGAAAUGCAGAAACAAAUCGACGAUAUGCACGACCGCUUGGCGCGCCUCCAGGAGAACAACGAUACCCUACAGAGUCGUCUUGCCUCGACGGAAGACCGGCUGGUCAACCUACGUUCUGGAAAGGGGGAUCUUGGGCUCAACGCAAAGGCUCUCGAGUCCAAGUCCCGUCAACAGGAAGAUAUCAUCGCCACUCAGGAGGCAAGACUGGCCACGGCCCAGGAUGAAAUUGACAGCCUGCGAAUGACCGUAGAGUCUCUCCGUGUUAAGAACCAACGCUUCCAGAAGUUACAGGAUGACUACGAUGAGCUCAAGACCGAGCGAGAUCAGCUUGCUCGCAAGGCGAACGCGGCUGAGAAGUACCGCCAAAAGCUUCAGGCUAGCCAGGAUUUCGAGAAGGAGAACCAGUCCCUCAGGAACCAAAUCAAGGACCUCCAGCAACAGCUCAAGGAGGCGGAUUCACAGCAGAAAUGGAACUCUGAGCGAGAAGUAGAGCUUGAGGAAUACCGCAGAGUCUUGCCACGCAUCGAACAGGAAUGCAGUGAAAUCCAAAACCUGAAGAAGCAACUCGAAUUUAACAACCAUGCCCUCACGGAGCGUCUCAGUAAUGCCGAAGAACAGCGCGAACGCGAUGACGCUCUGAUAAGCGAGCUUCGAGAGCGAGUCCGCGAAUUGGAAGGGUCCCCAGGAAGCCCAUCUCUUACGCCGGGCACUGAAACUCCCAAGCUCGAAGGAACCUUGCAGAAGGAUUUCGAGGCAAUCGGAGUGAAGGAAUCUCAACUGAAAUCCGAAAAUGAGGAACUCAAAAAGGAAGUUGAAUUGCUCAAGGGACCAUCAGUAUCUAUAGGUUCACCGUUGGAAGGUUUCUCUGAAGCUUUUGGCGAAACGCUACAACAGGCUCGCGCAAACUCUUCACAGAGUGAUGAGUACUGGAAGCUGUACGAACAGUUUACAUCGGUUCUGAAGAAACUGGCCGAGGCCCAAGACGCUCUCGAUGUUACUAAGAGGUCGUUGAAUGAUGCCUUGACUGAAGGUAAGUGGCCCCAGCAUGCAGAGAGAAAGAAGACCAUUCCGCUUAUACAUUCACAGUUGAAGUUGCCAACCGGGAGAGUAUCGACCUAAUAACCGAAGUCAAAGCGAAUAACUCGUCGGAAUUGG